AGAGAGGACUAUUGAUUUGGGGUUGGGAGGUUAUAUUAAUGCAAAAUACAGAGAGGACCAACUCAAGUGUCCUUGUAGUCACACACCACACACAGCAGCUGUCAUUCGAUAUUAUACACACACAACACAACUUCCCCCUUCCUAUUCCAGCAAAUCAGUCUUUGCAUCUGUCGGAUCAUCCUCUCUCUCUCUCUCUCUCUCUAACUUUCUCUCUCCUCCACUCCUUCCAUUCCCCUUUCUCCCCUAGUUAAACACACAAAUUCAGACAACCCAUUCAUCAUUAACAACAACAACAACAAUUACUAAAACCAUCUCUCUCUCGCUCUCUCCCCUAGUUAAACACACAUUCAGACAACCCAUUCAUCAUUAACAACAACGACAGCAACACUUACUAAAACCAUCUCUCUCUCUCUCUCUGUCCCUUUCCAUGUCUAGAGGGAUGGAGGUAGAGGAGAGAGAGACACAGAAAAGAACAACUUCAUGACUUCAUCAAGAGUUGAUACAUAAGAAGAAAAAAAAAAUACCCAUUUUGUGAUUUAGACGCCAUGGCACACCAGCAUUACCGAUCACCGUUCGGCGACACGACCUACACCAAAGUUUUCGUCGGAGGCCUUGCUUGGGAAACUCAGACCGAUGUUAUGCGAGGAUACUUCGAGCAGUUCGGAGAAAUUCUUGAGGCUGUGAUCAUCGCCGAUAAGAACACUGGAAAGUCCAAAGGAUAUGGAUUUGUGACUUUUCGCGAUCCCGAGUCGGCCAAGAGGGCUUGUAAUGAUCCGAACCCUGUCAUUGAUGGAAGGAGAGCGAAUUGUAAUAUUGCUUCACUUGGACGCCCUCGACCUUCACCACCGAGAGGUAGAAAUCAAGGUGGUAAUCCAUAUCAUGGAGGUGGAUCAUCAUCAACACCAUAUAGUGGAGGAUCGGCACCAUUGGUUCCUGCUCCCCCAGCAGUACCACCAGCACCACAGGCACAACCACCAGUCAUUUAUCCAUCUUAUGGGUACGCAACCUACCCACCUGAUUAUGGAUACCCCCAAGCAUUUUAUAACUCACAAUUACUUCAGCAACAACAAUACUACCACCAUCACCAACAACUGUACGGAACAUCAUCACCAUCAACAAUGGGGUCUCCAUAUUUUUAUGGAUAUUCUACAAGGGGAACACUUUCUGCAGCACCACAGGCGCAACGUAUCCCAGGACCAUCUUAUCUUUACUAUCCUACGCAGAUGGAGGGGUCCUUCUCCACUUUUCCAAACCCUCCUCCACCUCCUCAGCUAGUUCUACCCUUACGACCAACUACUACAAGGCAUCCCCCCCUUCCCUCUCCCUCUCCCUCUGAUUUACAGACUCCACAAAAUACCUCAACAGAAACAGAAGUUGCCGCCAUUACUUCAGAAAGUCCAAGGACCUAAGAGAGAAUCUGAUCAUCAAAUAAACACGGCAUGGUGAAAAUUUUAAUUAUACAAUCUUGACAAAUUAUGUUGGAUUUAAUUGGGAGAUUUGAAAAGAGAUUUAGAAAGGAAAAAUAAAAAAGUAGGUGAAAUGUUUUCACACACAUUUUACUUCAGAAAGUCCAAGGACCUAAUUUCACACACAUUUUUCUUUUUCAUUUUCAAAUCUUUUCCCAAAUUCUUCGAUUAAUGUUUUCAUCUCUCUCAAUAUUUCCUAAUUACUAAACUAUUCAUAAAUUUUUUUUUGGUCCAAUGUCACUGCUAUUGGUGAGUUCAGAGCUAUGUAUCCACAGUUUUGGCUGGCAAAGAUGGACUAAUCAAUCACCUUAUGCACAUUUUUCUUUUGUUUUGUUUUGUUUUGUUUUUGUUUUAUUAACACCAGUCCAAGAAAAAAAAAAAAAUUCGAUUUAUUUCAUUUUUAAUUAGGAGUACUCAUGUUUCAAUUAUAGAGGUUUAACAAUUUUUAUGUAUGGACAGAAGGGAUUGCAGUCCCUGUAAUAAAGAGUUUAUUGAUAAAUCAUGUAGGUUUCAUAUUUAUUUUCCCUAUCUUUUUAGUGGGAAAAAAUAAAUGAUCUGUAUUAUAUCCAA